AUGACUACUCAAGAGGAUCCAAACACUGUGGCAAGUUUGUCUAACGACAUCAACGCUAUGGUGGCCGCUGUUCAGAGCACUGCUCUGGGUGAUAAAUAUGUUGUUGGGGAGGGCGCUCAGGAGAGCACCCCACCUGUUCCUGUUGUUGGGCCUCGUGUUGGCAAGUGGAUCGAACGUGAGACAACCAAUUACGAAACCUACGUUACCCCUGUACAAGAUCCUGAGGGCCCUAGGGGGAUUCCUGUCGGUGAAUGGGGUGCUUCAGGUGCUCGUUAUGAAUGGAAGGAGGAGUAUGGUGAUGUUGCACCUGCUGACGAGGUACUUGAACGUAUGCUCUUUGGAGAGCCUGGUGUUUCUGAGCGUGCAGGUGCCGGACUACAAUUUGAUAAGUAUGGUUUUUUUUCUCCAAAUCUUCCAGUUGUUUGUGAAAUGUCGAUUUUCGACGAAGCUCCUCUCCAUCCGGUAAUGAAGGGGAAUAUCAAACUAGCUGGAUAUGAAAUCCCCACACCUAUCCAGAGAUAUUGUAUUCCGGCAAUUCUUGAAGGACAUGAUCUCUUGUCAUGCGCCCAAACUGGCUCUGGAAAGACGGCGGCUUUUUUGAUCCCUAUUUUAUCUAAGCUUAUGGGGAAGGCUAGUUCGCUUGCUGCCCCUCGCCCUGUGCCAGGCUCCACGGAGCCCUAUAUCGCGCAGCCUUUAGUUCUCGUUGUGGCGCCAACUCGUGAGCUUGCCACCCAGAUAUUUGACGAAUCCCGUCGGUUUUGCUAUAGAAGCAAAUUGAGGCCUUGCGUCGUUUACGGUGGCGCUGAUAGUGCUACCCAACGUAUGGAACUUAAGAAAGGAUGUGAUAUCCUUGUCGGCACACCAGGGCGCUUGGCCGAUUUCAUUGAACGGGGAAGAAUCUUGUCAUUGAGGCGCUUGAAAUUUGUUGUGAUCGAUGAAGCAGAUGAAAUGUUGGACAUGGGAUUUGAGCCCCAGAUUCGCAAACUUCUUCAGUCUUCUGGUAAUGCGAACGAGGAUGAUGACCAGCAAGUCUUGAUGUUCUCCGCCACUUUCCAAAAGGCUAUCCGUAAGUUGGCCAGAGAUUUCUUGUCUGAUGAUUUCGUUCACAUCAAAGUGGGCCGCAUCGGUAGCACUCAUGAAAAUAUUACUCAGAGGGUUCUGUGGGUCGACGAGCUGAGAAAAAAAGAGGCUAUAUAUGAUCUCUUGUGCACUGCGCCCCCCGCACGCACUCUUAUAUUCGUCAAUCAUAAGCGUGUUGCUGAUAGUUUAGAUGACUACUUGUACAACCUCAAGCUCCCGACUACCUCGAUCCAUGGUGACCGUACCCAACGCGAGCGUGAGGAUGCGAUCCUCGCGUUUCGCUCUGGGAAGUGUCCGAUUAUGAUUGCCACUGCUGUUGCGGCUCGUGGGUUGGAUAUAAAAAACGUGAUGCAUGUUAUAAACUACGACAUGGUCCAAAAUAUUGAUGAGUACAUUCAUCGUAUUGGACGCACGGCUCGUAUCGGCAAUCGUGGGCUCGCCACCUCGUUCUAUAAUAGCAGCAAUGAAGGCAUCGCUUCAGACCUGGUAAAGGUUCUUUUGGAGUCUUCUCAGGAGAUUCCCGAAUUCCUUGAGCCCUAUCGCCCAAUUGGCGAAGUAACCUUUGAAGAGGAGUCAGAAACCGAAAAAGGCGAAGAGCGGGGAGGAAAUGCCCAUGGUCAGAAUGGAGAUGCUAACGAUGGUGGGGAUUGGGGAAACGAAGGAGCUGGAACCAAUGGCGAAGUUGAUAUCUCUGGCUGGUAA